GACGACGAUUUAUAAAUACGCCGAACGUCGGUACCGAUCAGUACAGUUCACAUUUUGUAAGUUGCCAAGUAGCACAAGACAAUAUCGAAGAAAUCAUGAACGGAUUUGUCGUGAGUAUUUAUAUAAUAUAUACUCGCAUUAUGUCUUGCUAGGGACUUAGACGAUAUACGCACCGCUUCCAAAAACAGACAGAGUGUUAUCGUCGAAACAUUCAGAGUUUCGUCGGUAAAAAUGACUGAAAAAUAAUCGAUCGAAUAGCUACUAUAUUAUAAUAAUAUGUAUUUAAAAUAUUUAAUACUAUGUUGAUUUUUUUAACGUGUUCGAAAAAUAGACAUUAUACGCAUCUUAAAUAACUCUUGUAAAUCUUUUUAAGUACCUCUUGGAAAUUUUAUUCGCACUUUUAAAAAUUCUAACAACUUUGUUAUAAUAUAUACCAAAUAUUAAACUGUUGCACACGGUUCAUAUUGAAUAUUAUAUAUUUUCAGUCACUUCGGUGCAGAAUACUUUCGAUAGAUCAAGUCGUCUUUUUUUCCCCACGUUAGUUUUCUUCAUUUAUACCAGCAUUAAAAUAAAAUCAUCAUAAUAUCAAAAUGUACAUAAUACUAUCGUAAUAUUACAUAUCUGAUUGUGUGUAUUAAUGUGGGGGGGGGAGGGAUAAAAUUAAUUUUUUAUUUUGAAUAACUCUUAUUCUCGCCUUCUGCGCUCGAAUCUAACCUAACUUUACACAUAAUAAUCCUCCCUGCAUCUACUCCCUUUAUAAAGUUAUGUAUAACUUCUAUUUUAAUUAUUUUUUGUUUCGACCUAUUCCUCGGCAAUAUAAAUUUACCUAGGCGUAUUAUUCUAAUCGCAUUGAAACACGUAUUCAGGUAUUCGUCUUAGUAGCGUUGACGUCGUCGGUGGCGCUGGUGGCCGGCCAACACGGUAAUGCAGCCAUUAUAUCGGACGCCCGAUACCUAUCCAACAACGGCCAGUUCGGAUCCGCUUACAAGCAAGGUGACGGGGUUGAGUUCAAAGAGGAGGCGGACGCUGAAGGCAACAGGAGAGGCUCUUACAGCUACUUGGACCCCAAUGGCCAGAGGCGCACCGUCACCUACACGGCCGGCAAGGACGGUUUCAAGGCUACUGGCGACCAUCUACCCGUAGCUCCGACACCGGUUGCCGUCCCCGCAGUUCCCGCAGUCCCGGUCCCACAAGCCCCGUGGCAAGACCAAUGGUGAGUCGGUUCAGAAUUAUUAUUUAUUAUUAUUAUUGUAUACUAACCUAUACCUGUACUAGAACACUAUAAUAUUAUUGUUAUAAUAUUCUCAUAUUUUAUAUUCGUUUUCGUUUCACUGUUGUUUGAAUUUAUCGAAUUUCGAAAAUGUCUUCAAACUGUACAAGAAUAAUACGUAAAAUACGUAAUUGGAAAAUGAUUAUCUUUGAAUGCAAUUCGAUCGUAUAAUACCUAACUGUAGUCGUGAUAUUUAUAGUCAUACGUAUCAGCCGUUAUAUUAAUAUGUCGUAUACUCAGAUUUUCUAAAUAGGCCAACGAUAAAAAAAAACACGAAUACUUUUUUUUGGAAACGUUGUUAACGUCGAAACAGCGUUUACGAGAUUUUAUAAACACAAUUCCUAUUCCAGGUCUCAACCACAAGCCGUCCCAGACCAAUGGAACCAAUGGAACUCGGCGCCUACACCCAAGUACGACGACGGACAGUGGAACCAAUGGAGCGCAGAGUCGACGACCAAGUACGACGAUGGCCAAUGGAACCAAUGGAACUCAGACUCGUCCAUUGACGGUCAAUGGAACCAAUGGAACUCUGUGCCGACGACCGCGGCGCCGAAACACAGCCAAUGGAACCAAUGGAACUCAAUUCCGACCACCGCCAAGUGGAACCAAUGGAACUCCGCACCCACGGCACCGCCCGCGUCAUACAAAAUCAACCAAGCUACCGGCAAAAUCAAUUUGAACAGAUCUCCAGACGGUUUCAGCUACACGUUCAGUCAAAACUGAUGCGCCCACUCAUCAUAAUAUGUAUUAUAAGCUAAGGCCCAAACGAAACUAUGUACACUAUAUUGUUCUUUUAUCGAUUUGUUUUUAUGUUUAAUUAAAGACUAGUCAAAAUUUAAAAAAAAAAAUUAUAUGUAUUAUAAAAAAAAAAAAUAAAAAUAAAAUAAAAUAAAUAAUGCACGUGUUUGUUUCGUCCGGCAUUCAGUAAUCCUCUGCUGUUAUUGGUCAAAAAAGGUAUAGGUAAAAGUAAUACGAUAAAUAUAUCUGAACGUGUAUCUAUAUAUCGGUACAUUAUUCAAUUUCCGAAUGUACAACGAAUUAUUAAAAAAACUUGUAUUUAUUUUUUUUUUUUAUUAUUUAGUAUUUAUAUUUACUAAAAAUAAUAUUAUUCAAAACCAUUUUACUCGUUUGUUUUCAAAAAAUAUUGAAAUAAUUUUAAAAAAUAAAAAGUAAAUUGAGCAAAAUCACAGAUUCCUAAGAAAUAUACUCGUAUACCUAUAGCUAUAAAUUAUAUUUAAACAAUAAUUCAUAAUAUUUUUAUCUACGAUUAUAAUAGGACUACAAAAACGACGAAUUCGCGUCUAUGUUCUUAUCGCGAUAACUAAAUAAAAUAUUGUAAUAUGUAUAAAAUGCGACGUAUGGAAUUAGUUAUAAUAUUAUAGUUCAUAGUGUAUACGUUUCCGUAAAAUCUUCGGUGGUGUCCACCGGUUCGGAGAUUGGUUUUUCCGACGUCUUGAAGUAAUUUGAUUCCACGAACAAGUACUCCACACUGUCGUGUCCGUCCAAAGAAUUGACCGGAAUUACGCGAUGGCCGUUCUCGGACGCGAUGACGGCCGCCGCAGUAAGCCCGGGCGCGCAUCUCGCCGAUCCCGUAAAAACUAAAAAGCACACGAUCGAUAUCA